AUGGCCGACGCUGCCACCGCCACCCCUGCUGCGGCUGCUGCCGCCCCGGCCGAGCCUCCUACCGUCUCGGCAGAGGCUCCUACUGCCCCUGCUCCUACAGCCAGACCUGGCAAGAGGGCAGUCAAGAACCAGGGCGGAGCGGCCAAGAAGGUCAAGACCGACGCUGCGGCUGCCGCAGCUCCGGCUUCCACCGCCACUGCCGCUGAAGCUGCUCCGGCUGAGACUCCUGCCGUGCCGGCCGAGGUAGCUGACGCUCCUUCUGAGGGCCCUGCCGUCGCCCCUGGUGCAGAUGCGAAGGCCAAGAGGGCGCCGAGAGCUCAGAGUGGAGCUGCCAGGAAGACUAAGAUUAACGCUGCUCCUGCUGCCUCUGCCCCGGUUGAAACUCCUGCCGCUCCCGCUGAGACCCCUGCUUCUCCGGUUGAGGACGUAGCCGCCCCUGCUGAGGCCCCUGUCGCCCCUGCUGAUGUCUCUGCUGCCCCCGCUGCCGCUCCUGCUCCCCCGGCUGAGAACUCUGCCGAGACUGCCACCGCACCUGCUGUAGCUGCAAAGGCCAAGAUAGCACCGAGGGCUCAGGGUGGAGCUGCCAGGAAGGCCCAGACUGACGCUGCUCCUGCCGCCCCUGCUGAGACUCCUGCCUCCUCUGCUGAUGCUCCUGCUGCCCGGGCGACUGAUGCCAAGCCGGCCAAGCAGGCUCCCAAGUCCAAGGAGGGAGCUGCCAAGAGGGUCAAGCCCGACCGUCCGCCGACCAUGCAGCUGAUCGUCAAUGCCAUCGAAGCGGACAAGGACGUCAAGGGCACCUCGGUGAGGGCCAUCAAGAAGCACAUCAUGGCCAACCACAGCGUGCCCUCGGCGAUGCUGAACCGCAUGCUGCGGAAGGCGUUCGAGGCGGGCCUGUCGGGCGGCCAGCUGGCUCGUCCCAAGGGUCAGACCGAGGCGCUCGUCCUCUCCGGCCGCUACCGGCUCGCCACCAAGGACAAGGCCAAGCCCAUCCUGAAGAAGGCUGCGGCCAAGUCGCCGGCAAAGGCUAUCUCGGCCAAGCCAGUCAAGGCUCUGACGCCGUCUAAGGCUGCGGCCGCCGAGAAGGCGACGCCGGUGAAGAAAGUGACCAAGUCGCCGACCAAGGUGAAGAAGAUGGCGGCGAAGAAGAUCACAGCAAAGAAGCCCGUUGCAAAGAAAAUGGCUGCUGGGAGGGUGGUCGAGGUGUCAUGUUCCUAUGUUGUUUGUUGA